AUGCACCUUCUCCGCCACACCCUCCGAGUUCGCACUUCUACAAACAACCUUCACGCAGUCGUGCCUUUUCACGGGCUUCUUUAUCGUCGCUAUUUCUCUGCUAGCAUUCCAGUAGAGCAGACCCGGAACCCAAGUCUAGCGAUGAACGAGCACGGAGAUUUGAACAACUCCCACGCUGGGAGGACAGCUAUUAACCUUGUUGCCGAUCCCACCUACAGCUAUCAGUCUCUCGCCAUUAAAUUUGACGAAGAUGACGUCGCCAUUCGAGAGACAUGUCGCCCUUUUCUCCUCGACAACAGUCCCUCUACCGACGACUGGAUUUCGAAAUUAGAGCUGAGCACGGCGAUCCAGAUGGUGCAGUCGGAGAUCUUAGAUAAAGGUCUCGAUCGCCUUCGCAUUCUGGUUCUCUAUGGUAGUCUUAGGAGUCGAUCAUAUUCUCGUCUCUUAGCCUACGAAGCCGCGCGAAUUCUCUUCCGCCUCGGCUGUGAUGUCCGAAUCUACGACCCUGCUGGUCUGCCCCAGAAGGACGACGUCCAACACUGCCAUCCCAAAGUACAAGAACUUCGGGAGCUAAGCAGGUGGAGCGAUGGACAUGUAUGGAUCAGCCCUGAGCAGCACGGUAACUUGACGGGGAUCUUCAAGCAGCAGAUUGAUUGGAUCCCAUUAUCCUCCGGCUCAGUGCGUCCGACUCAAGGAAGAACCUUAGCCGUUGCCCAAGUUAGCGGAGGGUCACAGUCCUUCAACUCUGUCAACUCGCUUCGAAUACUCGGACGGUGGAUGCGCAUGUUUGCAAUUCCUAACCAGAGCUCCGUGCCGCAGGCAUACACCCAGUUCACAUCUGGGGCCGAGGGAAGCCGUAUGCUUGCCAGCUCAAAUCGCGACCGUCUCGUUGAUUGCAUGGAAGAGCUUGUCAAGUAUACUAUCGUUAUGAGGCCUCAUUUUGACUUGUUUGGGGAUCGAUUCAGUGAGCGCGAGGAGCGCAGGACCAAGGAGGCAAAUGGGAAAGUGUGA